CUAAAGCGUUUCACGGCCACAGUCGCAUCCCCGCUCAGAGCAGGUCAAUUUCUUUUUUUGACGCAUUCUGGACCACUCAUUCACCGUCUGCUGAGUUUGUGCGCUGUGGAAGUGCGUUGUUCGGUCAGCGGUGCGAGGGCAAAAAAAAGUGGCGCUCAUGACGUCCUUUUAUACAGCAAUUUGCUAUUUCGGUUGAUCCUCAAUAUUGAGCGUUAUGUUGCUGCAGAACGAACUAUAUAUUAGCCACGGCCCAAUUCUGUCUUUCGUUAAUCCUUUUUCCUCGAAUUGUGCAAAUACGAUCAGAUUUAUCUGCGAACAAGUACCGAACUGAUUUACCGCCCAGUAUGCCGAUAAAAUCACCCUUCGAGACAGAUAUCGCUAAGGCCGGGCAUGGAGAGGUCAUUCUGGACCUUCUUCCUCCGUCGAUACCGACUUUGACCACCUUAACCUACAAAUACCCUCUCAAAUUGCUUGCCCGCACACCGGGCUUCGUGCCUCGAACCUCCGCGCAAACAUGCCCUUCUCGACCGGUCCAUCUAUACCUCCUCACAUACGGUGGCGGACUGCUCCCGGGGGACCACAUCGAUGUAUCGAUAACAUUGAAGGAGCGGACAAGGAUGGUUGUCAGCACACCACAAGGAAGCACCAAGAUUUUCAAGACAGAACCUACGGCGAGCGUCAAGGGGCAACGGGGGACACCAGCACACAUAGCAACAGACAUGAGCCGACAGAUGCUAGAUGUCCGGAUUGACAAUGAAGCUGCAAUUUGCUACUUACCGGAUCCUGCGGUACCUUACAAAGACAGUCGCUACGAGCAGGUCCAGACCUUCACCGUAGACGGGACGGCCCCGGAUAGCAAGAGGGGCAGUCUAUGUGUCCUAGAUUGGGUGACGGAGGGCCGCAGCUCGAGAGGUGAGACCUGGGAUUUCCAUUUCUGGAAAGGGAAGAAUGAAGUAUGGUCAGAUGACGGGUCUGGGUCGAAAAAACUGCUGCUGCGGGACUCGAUCAUCCUGGACGACGAGUGCGACGAUGCGGAGCGAGAUGCCGACAAUAGCCAUCCCAAUCUGAUUCGGGAACGCACGCAUCCCCAUGGUAUCGUGGGGACGCUGAUCCUGUACGGCCCCGUCUAUGAAAAACUAGCGUCAUUCAUCUUGCACCGCUUUACAACACAGCCGCGGAUUGGAGCGCGCAAUUGGUCAACGUCUGUGUCGCCAGCCAAGAGUGCCACAGAGUCGUAUUCGAAUACUACCAACACGAAUGCCACCUGGACGGCGGCCCGUGUGAGGGCAGGAUUUACGCUGGUGAAGUUUGGAGCGGCUGACUUCGAAGCUGCUAAAACCUGGCUUGGUGACCUCCUGCGGGAGGAGGGUAGUGUGGUUAGGGAGUUUGGGGAAGAGGCGUUGAUUUGCUUAUGAUGGAUGGGCUAGGAUUCUCUUCUUUCUUGUCUUUUUAAUAACCUUUUUUUAUUAUUUUUUUUUUUUUUUUUUUUUUUUA